GUCGUCGUCUUCGUCUCCUAUUUCCCUCCCAACACAUUCUUCAUCCACAUCCAUUAUACACUUUAAUUUCUUGUGUCUUUUUCUUUCUCAUUUCUUUCUUUCUUUCUUAAUUAAGAACUAACUUAAUUAAUCAUCUGUGCCCGCUUUAUUAGUUGAUCAGUUAGUUAAUUUGAUCCGAUCGGAGGGAAUCGUCAAUACAUUAGAUCGAUCAAGAAGGAAGGUGUGUGUAAUUAGCAAUUAGCAGGUAGGUAGGUAGGUAGGGAGAGAGGCAGUGAGUGAGUGAGUUUGAGGAAUGAGUUCGGAGGUUGCAGAGGAUGGGCUGCGGAAGCCAUUGCUGCACACGGGAAGCUGGUACAGAAUGUCGGGAAUGGGGUCCCGACAGUCGAGCAUCAUGGGAUCCUCCAUGAAUCUCAUGCGCGAGUCCAUCUCCGUCUUCUUCUGCGUCUCCGUCGUCGCCCUUGGCCCCAUCCAGUUUGGAUUCACAUGUGGAUACUCUAACCCUACCCAAUCAGAAAUCAUACGUGAUCUUGAUCUCACCAUCUCCGAGUUUUCGAUAUUUGGGUCUUUAGCAAAUGUUGGAGCUAUGGUGGGAGCCAUUGCCAGUGGCCAGAUUGCUGAAUACAUUGGCCGAAAAGGGUCACUCAUGAUUGCUGCAAUACCCAACAUCAUCGGCUGGCUCGCCAUUUCCUUCGCCAAAGACUCGUCCUUCUUGUUCAUGGGAAGGUUACUCGAAGGCUUUGGCGUCGGCAUAAUUUCAUACACGGUGCCGGUGUACAUUGCCGAGAUAGCCCCUCAGAACCUACGAGGAAGCCUCGGAUCCGUGAAUCAGCUGUCCGUGACAAUUGGAAUCAUGCUAGCGUAUCUGCUCGGGCUUUUCCUACCUUGGCGAGUUCUUGCCGUUCUAGGAAUCUUGCCGUGCACAUUGUUGAUACCUGGCUUGUUUUUCAUACCCGAAUCUCCUCGUUGGCUGGCAAAAAUGGGACUGAAUGAAGGCUUCGAAACUUCCCUGCAAGUUCUCAGAGGGUUCGACACAGACAUUUCAUCCGAAGUCAAUGAGAUUAAGAGAUCCGUCGCAUCCUCAAACCGAAGGACUGUCAUCAGGAUUUCGGAGCUCAGGAGAAAGCGAUAUUGGUAUCCUUUGAUGGUAGGAAUCGGGCUUCUAAUGCUCCAGCAACUAACCGGUAUCAACGGCGUUCUCUUCUACUCGAGUAGCAUAUUUCAAUCUGCAGGGAUUUCAUCGGCUAAAGCAGCAACAUUUGGGAUCGGGGCUUUGCAGGUUGUGUUUACCGGGAUCUCUGCAACUCUGAUCGAUCGGGCAGGUCGCAGAAUUCUCCUAAUAGUACGUCGUAAUACUUUCAGCUACAAUCUGCAUCAUCAUUGUCUGGAUAGAAUGGGCUCUAUCUAUAUAAUCUGUUACUUACUGCAGGUAUCAUCGUCGCUGAUGACCCUGAGCUGCGUCCUCGUCGCUUUGGCAUUCUACUUUAAGGUGGCAAUUUACUUUAAACUUGCCAAACUCCAUGGUUGUUCUUGUACUAACUCCAAAAAGCAGGAUACGUUGCCGGGAGACGAUCAUCCCAUCAUGGAGGUAUUUGCGCUGGUCGGACUUCUGGUGUUGGUAGCUGGCUUUUCGAUAGGACUUGGGGCCGUGCCAUGGGUUAUAAUGUCCGAGAUUCUUCCCGUGAGCAUUAAGAGCCUUGCGGGGAGCGUUGCAACGCUGGCGAAUUGGUUAUCAGCAUCCAUUGUUACAAUGACGGCGAACUUACUCUUUACAUGGAGCACUGGAGGUUCUUUAUCUAUCUCUCUAAAAGCUUUGUCUUUUUGGCUGCUGAGAAUACUUAUCCAUCACAUUGUUACUUGUACAGGAGCUUUUGCGAUAUAUGCGCUAAUAUCAGCUUUUACUUUAGCGUUUGUGGUCCUGUGGGUUCCUGAAACCAAAGGAAGAACACUCGAAGAAAUUCAGUCGUCAUUCCAUUGAUACAUACAUACAUACAUAUACAUUAUACAUAUACACGAACCUGCUUCUAUCAGAUUCCAGGUCUUUUAUCGCGUGCACAUUAUAGCAUUCUUCUGUGCAAUGCUCUAGUUUGAUUAUCAACUUUGGAAGUGGUUUUGUAUUGACAGAAAGGAUGUUAUUGAUUCUAUGCUUAAUAAACUCUGAUCAGAUAUGAAUUCA